AUGGCGUUCCUCGCGGAAGAUGAGGAUGCCAUGCGCGCGUUUGAGGCCGCGCUGAGCUUCGUGGACGGCUUUUCCGGCGACGAAAACACGCCAGAGUUUACUGCACUGAACAAGACAGCAGAGGCGCUAUCUCCGGUCGCGAAUGGAUUGGAAUUGCCGUCAAACGCCGCUGCAGACCACGAAAGCGAUGCUCAUUCGGCCGGACCUGUAGCAACUGUGAAUUCCGUUGUUGACGCUACGAUUCAAGGGCCCCGGUACACUUCAGCAGUGCCCAAUAUCUCGAGAGCCUCUGGGACGGCUGCCCGCCCGGUGUCCGAAGUCGUGAAGGCGAGACAUCGAGCAGCGGAUAAUGCCAGGAAGCGGAUGCUGCGGAAGGCUGGAAAGGUCGGGCAGUUGGAGAUGGAGCUGCGUAGUCUACAGGAACGGCCGGGUCAGACAACCUCAGAGGUGACGGAGGCUCUAGACGAGAGUGAGGCGAAUGGGGGUGGUAGCAGCACCUGCAAGAGCUCCAAAGAUGCUCAAGUCGCAAGUAUUUGGGAGGGCUUUGCAGCUCGCCAGAAAAACCGAAGAGAGAAGGCAGAGAAAGAAAAUGUGCGGCUGAAGCUCGUCCUUGAAGGCCAGAUUAAAGUGGCCAAGAGUUUAGAGAACUUACUGCUCAAGCGCGCUCAGCAGCAGAUUGCCGAGUGUUCUUCUUCGAUCCGCAGACCGGGCGACAUUUUGUGCCCCUCUGGCCGCACUUUAGAUUUCCGUGCGGAUGCCGCAGACUUUCAGGAGCUACUGGAGUAUCUUGACGUUGCAUACAGCGAGGUAGACGCGGUGCUAGCUGGCAACGGUCUCGACACAAUGAAAAUGACGCAGCAAGACCUGCAUAUGCGCGAAGGCGUGAAUGGCAUGUAUCUCGAGGUGUUUUCCAACAAGGUGAUGCCCUUUGGACUGCAUGCCACUGCGGAGGCCACGUGGAACUAUUUCAAGGGCUCAGAAAAGCAUCGUGGGAACCUGUACGCGAAAGCAGCACAGGAGCUGUUUGCAGGCAAUUCAAGCACCGACGUCCGCGUGAAACAAAUCAUCCGCCGCUACGUCGAAGCUGACCGAGAACUCGUUGUCUGGGUCGCAACGAUCGCACCAAUCGAGAUUAAACGCAAAGCGUUCGCUGGGUUGAUCUCCCACCACCGCAACUACGCUGUGAUCAAGCGAGCGAAGGCCUCUACCCCCGAUCAAGAACUGUCGCUUUUGCAGUUGGUUGCGCACGUGACGCUCGAUACGAAAGAGGGAACCAUCUACGACCCCAAGUACAUUCGAGUGCUCACCGACUUCCUGCUGAGCAACGCGGCAGGCAACAUCAAGGCCGACCAGGAGCUCGCGACUGUUCGUCGAGUGUGCAGUUGCUCUGGCACCGUCCGUGUACUGCUGCACGGUGAUCUGCGUUCCCACCUCAUUGUUCUUCUUGGAGAAGUUGCUCAGCAGGAUGCCGUUUACCCGCCGGAACACCCACUUCGGCGGUGCUAUUAUGAAUCCCGUUGA